AUGUCGUCCUCUGAUGGUCUUGCCAGUCGUUCUUCACAAGAUCUCCGCCACCUAGCAGGCCAUAACUUUACUGAUCUCCCUGGGACUAAGCGAACACUGUUCACCCGAGGAAAGAGGGGGAAGAGAGUGAGCGGUCCGUUGUCCCCCGGACGUGAAAGAGAUAUCAUUGAAGAACCGGAGUCGGCAGGCAAGAGAACAUCUGUGUUACGGAAGGGCCGCAAAACUGCUGCUCAGACAGAAAGCGCCGCUCACCGUCUGAAGCAUCGCAUCUCCAGCCCUUUUGACUUCCAGCAUCUGACUCAUACUGAUCGCCACCAAUUCAAUGCAAUGGAUCAAUCCUCGGAGAAUGAACUUGUUGCUGAAUAUUGGGCUGUUCGCGCAUCGCAAGCGCCGUGCAGCGACCUCAACGGAAUCAAAGCAGAUAACCUGCACUUCAACAAUUUCUCUUCUGAAAGCCUCGUUGAUGCUAGCUCUCGAUCUCCCUCAGCUCUGACAUAUAGAUCCCCUCCCAUCAGCCCCGAGCUAUCCGGAGAGCACCAAUUUGCUGAGACCAAUGAGCUCAGCUCGACAGGCCGAGUGCUCAGAACGGCCAGAUCUGUAGAUUCAUUCUCUCGACCUGGCAUUAAUCCUCGCCUCCACCGUCAUACACAGUCGAUCAAUCCAACAAUUCCUCCUACACGCACCUCAUCUCGCCAGGCAACACGCUCCAUUGAUCAAUUGACUGAAAAUGACAAUGUCCACGAGAGUGCUUCAUCUGUAAGCCGAUCAGCCCUGAAUCGACAGUCUGGACUCUGGGAUCAUUUCUCCCCGUCUCCGAGUCCCUCUAUCUUAGGAGCACCGCUCUCUUUCAUCACUGACGAGCAAGCUGUGGUGGGUCAUGCGUUCACCACUCCUGACGAUCUUGCCAUUCAUCCCACCACUCCCCCUCCUUUCAGUCCUGGGCUUGAAGAUGUCCUCGAGGAACCAGAGAGGUUCGCAAGCCCGCGCCCGGCUCCACCCCCUCCGGCAAGGGCAUACAGCCCUAGAUCACCCCGAUCCCCGUACUUUGAAUCGUUCUCAUUCCGUAGCACGCAACGAUCCCCAAUCUCCCGUACCAGCAGCCGAGGCAGUCCCUUCGCUUCCCCCAAAUCCAUGGCCAUGACACGCCCAAUGUCACAAAUGUCUGAUACAUUGGGCUCUCCGACAUUCUCAAGAAGGCCUUCCAUUCGACGGUCUCCGGCCGUUCGGAGAAAAUCGAACACCUGGCGAGCGAUUGAUGAGUCCUGGGAAGACGAUGUAGAUUACAUCUAUGACAAUGCUCUCGAAGCUGAUUGUGAUUUCGACUGGGAUCAUAUGUCUGAAGAUAUCGACAUGGAAGAUAGGGAGCGCACACCAGAACAACGUGAUCAUGAACGCCCAUCAACAGCAUCAUCGCAGAGGACAUAUCCUCCGCCUAUUGGCCACGAAGGCUCAAUAGAUCAACACGGCCCCUUCUUCUCUGGGGUCUUCCGCCCUUCACUAUUAGUCCCCAGCUCGAGCUCAGUGCCUGAAUUGGAUCCUAGAUCAGCCAUCUCUGCCUCGACUGCUUCUACAGGCAUUCGCACGCCGUGCGAUCCAUUCAAUCCAUUGAUCCACCAUCAGAGUAAUCUCAGUCUGGCACCAUCACUCUUGGCACCGCCUGAUUUCAAGGAAGAUGUUUCAAGGGAGGACAUGUUCGAUGAAAUUCUGGAUGGGUAUGAAGGAUCUGAUCGUCACUUUCCUCUUCUAGAUCCCCAUCAAAGCAUUGCUAGCUCAACACGCAGCAGCCGCGUUCGAUCCAGCAAACGGUCUUCCUAUGACAGUAGCUUAAUGUCUUCUGGACAAGCUUCUGGAUCUUGGAGCUCACCAAUUCGGCGCUCUGCUAGCUCAUCUGGAAGUCUUCCUGAACUUGUACAAUCUCGGCGUGCCCGCCACGAUUUCAGUAUGAUUGUGGACGAGCUUUCUGAACAGGUUGCGUGCUUUGCCUCCUUUGGGGAAGACGACAUGGACGAUUCAGCGAACGACAACACUACGCCGCCAGGCCGCCAGUUGGAUCAAACAUUCUUCAACUGCGAUGGUGAAGAAACUGGCCAAGAAACUCGAGCUUCAAUUGAAAUUCAGAGCAACGUUCGGGCUUCACUUGAGCUGGCUCGUCAAGGCUCUGUCCGCUCUUCCCACGGCCGCCUUCACCACCAUAAGUACGCCUCAUCUGAUGGCGCGGCCAAGUUGCUCUCGAGUUUGGAGCCUGUCAAGUCUGAGGCACCACCACCAACAUCACGCAGUCGAGCUGCUAGCUCUAGCAAGGUUGUGCGCGGUAAUAGACAGCCAUAUCUGAGUUUAUUUCCAGCCCCGCCUAAGCAUGCACAAUCAUCGGCUUCUGCACCCUUGGCGCCAGGUCCCAAUGGCAAGCCCUGA